AUGAGUAGUUCAGAGAAUGAGGUUGGCAGCAGCUCGGCAGGAACCUCGACUUAUUUGGAUGAAGUUCCUUUUAAAAUUUCUCAGAAGUUCCAGAUAGUUGCUUUGGAAGAACUCAGAUGGAGCUCUGCACAAUCGGUUCCCUGUGUGCCUGAAUGCACUGAGACAACGGCACACGCGCAGUACGACUUUAUGCUGGAAAAGAAGGUCUUGGAAUGGGUGCAAAACCGAUUCCUCAAGGAAGCUCCAAGGAUUGUCCCAUCGUGUCCACCAUUCUGGCUUGCAUUUCCCGAUGUCGAGGGAGAAGAUGAAAGAAAUAAUGAAUUGCAUCCGUUCAAAUCACAAAUGGAACAUUUGAUUCUGAGCACCAGGAGAUGCAGGAGUUUCAGUGUGACAGAUAUUAGACAUGUCUGCUCAAAGGUUGUGUACAAGUCAGACUCGGAGAGCGACGAUGGUUACGCAGAGGACGAUGAACUCUCGUCAUCCGACGAAGGUGAGAGUCAGAAGCUUCCUUCAAUACCGUUUCUCCGGAACAAGUCCCAUGCCCAAUCACGAUUCCUAGACAGCAGGCCAGCUUCGUCGCCGGAUAAUCCCUACAGAAGUCGGCAGAAUGAGAAAUGUUUUAGUACCAGCUUCACAAGACUGCCUCACAUCGCUGGACUGAGGCGCUCUCCGCUCGCCACCAACACUGAUGGUGAGGAACCGUGUAGAAGGCACCCGUUGACUUGGUCACCAGUGUCCGCACCCAGAAAGCUGCCAACAAAACUUUCCCUUCAGCACCCGAACAACAGGAACGGCAAAAAUAAUUUUGGCCAAUUUGUCAUUGGAAGUCCACCGCUUUCCCCUGCCCAGUAUCACGUGGAUAGGUCACCUCUGAACAGAACAAGAACUCCAGUCAGGAAAUACAACCCACCAUUUCAACCCCGCAGUGCCAACUCCUGCCUCCCAGCUCCCCUGACAGCUCCUAGGCCUCUGAGUUCCCGCAAGCCUCUCCUGGACUCAACUGCAGACCUUCUCAGUCAGAGAGAACAAGACCUGAUUCAACCGCUCUUGAGGCAGGGUUAUCCCAUCAGCAGAGUGAUCUGGGCCAUCCAGAACAUUGGACAAGGCAGUACGCAACAGAUCCUCAAGUAUCUGAGAACCCAGGACCGCCUCUGUAUGGAAGGCUACAAGGAGAGACUUGUCGAAGAAGCUAUGGAGAUUUUUCAGAAUUCUGAGGAAAAGGCAAAGGAAUUCCUGACCCUCAUGACGCAGUUCGAUGAGAUGGGCUUUCAUCAUGAAGAUAUUAAAGAAGUUCUUCUCAUCCAUAACAACCAUCGAGAAAGAGCAUUUGAGGAACUCGUGGCUCGUUCCCGGUAGACAACAAAGGAGGGAACUGCAGAUGCUGGUUUACACUGAAGAUAAACCAAAAUGCUGGAGUAACUC